CGAACGGCGAGGCACCAGAACUAACGCCUCCAUGCUCGUUAGCGGAGCAACGUGAGUGGAACGUACGCGCAUAUUCCCAGCUCUCUCACCUCAGCGUAAAGUGAACCACUCACGGAAAAAGUUGAUCCGUUCCGACCAUUCUCCGCUUUCCCUGUCGUCUCGCCCAAAUCUUGGGGCGUUCGCUACGGAAGAAGAAAUGGGGGACUACGUCCCACUGAGCCCAGGCAACGAGGAAGCGGAAGCCUCGAGGAAGGAAGGAAGGAGAGCCGGAGGCACUCGCGUCGCCUCUCUCGACGUCUUCCGAGGUCUCUCGAUCGCUCUGAUGAUAUUUGUUGAUUAUGCUGGUUCUGUACUGCCAUUUGUUGCUCAUGCUCCUUGGGUUGGUGUACGCCUUGCGGACUUUGUGAUGCCAUUUUUUCUUUUCAUCGCUGGUAUUUCUGUUUCAAUUGUCUACAAGAACAAAUCCAGAAAACUUCAAUUAACAUGGAAGGCAAUGAUAAAGGCAGUUAAACUCUUCAUUGUCGGUAUUUUUCUCCAAGGUGGUUACUUUCAUGGAAUAAAUUCGCUGACUUUUGGUGUUGAUAUUCAGAAAAUUCGUCUGUUUGGUGUUCUACAGAGGAUAGCUAUUGGGUACAUUGUUGCUGCUUUAUGUGAAAUAUGGUUUUCGAGCAACCGAACUAUGAACGUUGAACGUGGAAUGUUUAAGAAUUAUCAAUAUCAGUGGAUCAUAGUGGUUUUACUAUCUGGUAUAUACUUGGGGCUGUUGUAUGGUGCAUAUGUUCCAGAUUGGCAGUUUGAAAUGCAAGAAAUAUCAUUAAAUUCUUCCCUGCCAACUAGUUACACCAUUGAGACGGUUAAAUGUGAAGUAAGAGGUGAUCUUGGACCAGCAUGUAAUGCGGCUGGAAUGAUUGACCGCAAUGUCCUUGGCAUCAAACACCUGCAUAAAACACCUGUAUAUAGACAUUUGAAGGAAUGCAUGACUCCGAAGGAUGGUAAUGGAGUGAAUACUUACCCACCCUGGUGCCAUGCACCCUUUGAUCCGGAAGGCAUCUUAAGCUCAUUAACUGCUGUUGUGACUUGCAUAUUUGGGCUUCAUUUUGGUCAUAUUCUUGUUCUUUUGGAGGAUCACAAGGAUCGACUAACAAAAUGGCUACUGUUUUCACUUUCAGUUUUCACACUUGGGCUAUUUCUUGCAUUUAUAGGAGUUCCUCUGAACAAAUCACUAUAUACAAUCAGUUACAUGUUACUUACAACGGGUGUCGCUGGAUUUGUAUUAUGUGCUCUAUACGUACUGGUGGACGUUUAUGGAUAUAGGUGUCCUACUUUUGUGUUUGAGUGGAUGGGAAGGCAUUCUCUUUGCAUCUUUGUUCUUGUGGCCUCGAACAUAGCUGUCAUCGCACUACAAGGGUUUUACUGGAGAAACCCUAAAAACAACAUUGUCCAUUGGAUAACUUCACUCGUGCGAUAGUAUAGAAGGAUUGCUGACAUGGAAAACCAUUGUUUCACCAGACCCAACACUCGGUCUCCAAGCUGAUUACUGGAAGUCCGUAAUAUUAACAUCAGUAUCUUGUAAUGUUCGUGUGUUUUGGCCAUGUAAGGAGGGAUCUACUAACAUAUUUGCAUUGUCCUCCUCGACAAUAAUAGAUAACAACAAUAGAUAGAUCGAUCCAACGAAGUGGGCAAUCUCAUUGGGACCAAGAUUCAUGGACUCAAAAUGUGUAGUAAAUCGAAAUAGGUUCUCCGUUCUAUUCUAGCUGUUAUUGGGUUUCUUGA